AACAGUGCAUUUCGAAGGGGGUAAAGUUUUGCAACAAAAGCCCAGCUCCAAGAUUGCUGGCUCGCUUAAGGCAAACGUCUCCUCCUUUGCCCAUGUAUCUUCUCCCGAUAUCUCUCCUCCUUCGGCAUUCUAUUCGAGCCGAACCCUAGCCCGGAAAAUAGGGCAAGCAUCUGCCCCCUUUCGCGAUUCUCGGAUUGUUCGAUCUCCCAUCUUUUGGUUUAGUUUAUCGGCUAAUCGACCAAUCUAUUCGAAUCCACGGACGAUUUACUGGGACGAUGAUUGGUGACCUGAAUCCUAGUGGUCGUACCUUAGCUUUCUCGGUUUAUUGUCAGAAACGAUAAGGCUAGAGCUUUUUCGUCGUGGGAGGAGUUUCUCUGUUGACUUAAGGCUUGGAUUUGGCGGUGAAGAUUGGGGUUUCUGAUGGAGCCUCGUGUAGCCAACAAGUUUCGCCUCGGCCGCAAGAUCGGAAGCGGCUCUUUUGGGGAGAUCUACUUGGGUACUAAUGUGCAAACGAACGAAGAGGUUGCUAUUAAGCUGGAAAAUGUCAAGACCAAGCAUCCCCAACUGUUAUAUGAGUCAAAACUGUAUAGGAUUUUGCAAGGAGGAACGGGAAUUCCGAAUGUAAGAUGGUUUGGUGUAGAAGGUGACUACAAUGUGCUUGUGAUGGACUUAUUGGGACCAAGCCUUGAAGACCUUUUUAACUUCUGUAGCAGAAAGCUUUCUUUGAAGUCUGUUCUUAUGCUUGCAGAUCAGAUGAUCAAUAGAGUGGAAUAUGUACAUGGAAAAUCUUUUCUGCAUCGAGACAUAAAACCAGAUAAUUUUCUAAUGGGUUUGGGUAGACGUGCUAAUCAGGUUUACAUUAUUGAUUUUGGUCUUGCUAAAAAGUACAGGGAUUCUUCAACUCACCAGCACAUUCCGUACAGAGAGAACAAGAACUUAACGGGGACGGCUAGAUAUGCAAGCAUGAAUACUCAUCUAGGCAUUGAGCAAAGUAGGAGGGAUGAUCUGGAAUCUCUAGGAUUUGUGCUGAUGUAUUUUCUAAGGGGAAGUCUUCCAUGGCAAGGACUAAAAGCAGGAACUAAGAAACAAAAGUAUGAGAAAAUUAGUGAAAAAAAGGUCUCCACGUCCAUUGAGGCCUUAUGCCGAGGUUAUCCUUCCGAAUUUGCAUCCUACUUCCACUAUUGUCGGUCACUACGAUUUGAUGAUAAGCCUGAUUAUGCUUAUCUUAAGAGACUAUUUCGCGAUCUUUUUAUUCGUGAAGGUUUCCAGUUUGAUUAUAUUUUCGAUUGGACUAUUUUGAAGUACCAGCAGUCUCAAACUGCAAAUGCUCCACCACGUGCUCUUGGUUCUGGUGCUGGACCUAGCAAUGGCAUGGCUUCUGCAGUUCCUGAGAUGCACUCAGGUGAGGAAGGGCGGACGAGUGGAUGGUCCGCAACUGAUCCCUCUCGCCGGCGAUUGUCGGUGCCUGCUGUAUCUGCGGGUAGCUUGACGAAGCAGAAGGCUUCAGGGGUAAAUGAUUUACCUGCUUCAAAAGAUGUGUUAACCAGUUCAGCUUUCUUGGGGCGCUCAAACGGUUCCUUAAGACGACCUGCUGUUUCUAGUAGUCAAGAUGCGGCGGCGACUUCCAACGAUCUCACUUCUGAAGCCAUCCAUGUCCCUUCCCACAGAGUUCCUACUAAUCAGAUUUAUUCCCCUCCAGCCGCUUCUUCUGAAACAAACAAGCACACACUGCCUGGAAGGAAUACAUCUAUCAUUAAGAACUACGAAUCCACACUCAAAGGCAUGGAGAGGCUCAAUUUUGACAACGAUAAAAGUGUCUAGUAGUGAAAACUAUCUUCCACUGUAAAUUAUGUGUUGGGAGUGCAUGAAAUAGUUCAGAAACCCUUAGUAUCAGUAUGCAUUUUCAGCAGCAAGUGUGAUAUUUUCGUUAAAAGCAUCAUCAAUAUGAGACUAAGGUUUUUUUUUGGGACGGUUUUUUACUGUUUUCUAAAGUAAAUUUUUAGUACAAAAGACUAAAAAAGUUUGUACUUAAAAAUUAUUUAUAAAAACAGUAAAAAAAUCGUCUCGAAAAGAAGCCUAAGUGAGAAGAUGGGCAUGAGAGAAUAAAUUAUGGCUGAGGCCUGUGGAGGGAAGAUUUCUUUGUAUCUAUAUUUGCUUUCUUCCUCAUGUUUGCUUCUGUUCCUUUGGAAUCAGUUAAUUGAUUUCUUUUCCUUUUUUUUAUUGGAAAUGUUUUAUAUUAUGUUGCUACGAUACUUUUGUGUAAUUCACUUUUUUAUUCCCCCUCUAAACUUGUACUGUGGAUUGAUAUGGCUUUCAAUUGAGAAUUGCCCGACUGGAAUUUUGCAAGCA